UCAUAUAACCUAUCUAAAGAAUGAAAAGCUGGAUUAUACUGCUGGCUAUUGUAGUCAGCACAGCAAAACCACAAAACCAGGACAUCUGUACCCAAGGGUAUCCUGGCAUCCCUGGCAAUCCUGGGCACAAUGGCAUACCUGGUCGUGAUGGACGUGACGGUUCAAAAGGCGACAAGGGAGAUACAGGCGAAGCAGGACUUCCUGGCAGUCCAGGAAAAGAUGGUGCAAAUGGAGAGAAAGGCGAACGAGGGGCCAAUGGGACUGUUGAAGAGAAGGGGAACAAAGGAGAUAAAGGAGAAAGAGGACGACCUGGGAAACUGGGACCAAAAGGAAUUAUAGGGUCAGUGGGUUACAAAGGUCAGAAGGGAGAGCUGGGACUGCAAGGACACAAGGGGUUAAAAGGAGACAUUGGGCCCAUAGGUCCAAAAGGGACAAAGGGUGAAAUUGGCCAUCCUGGAAGAGUUGGUUUCCCAGGGCCAAUUGGCCUGACAGGUAAUCCAGGUCCUAAAGGUAAUACGGGAGAUCUGGGGCCACAGGGUAAUCCAGGAGUUCAGGGGGAAAGAGGCUUGAAAGGAGACAGAGGAGAUAAGGGGAACGUAGGUGCCCCAGCAGUCCUGCCAAAGAGUGCUUUCAGUGUUGGCCUUACAAUCGCCACCAAAUUUCCCCCCCCGAGUCGCCCAAUCAAGUUUGACAAGGUGCUGUAUAAUAGUCUAAAUGACUACAACUCAGUUACUGGCAAAUUCACCUGCAAAUACCCUGGUGUUUACUACUUCACCUACCACAUCACUGUCUACUCAAGGAAUGUCCGAGUAGCUCUAGUUAAAAAUGGUAUCAAGAUGCUGCACACGGUGGACAGAUACCAGAGUGGAGAGGACCAGGCAUCGGGAGCCGCCAUCCUCGAGCUACAGGGAGGAGAUGAGGUGUGGCUGCAGGCUCACCAAGGAGAGACCUUCAACGGGCUGUUUGCAGAUGCAGAUGAUGAUACGACCUUCUCUGGGUUCCUCCUGUUCAGCACCUCUGACCCGCUGGAGCCGCUGCCAUCGCCCGACACAUUAACUCCACGUUAUCCAUGAAUGCUGUAUGUCCGUGUCCUUCAGCCCUCCCUAAUAAAGUUGUUAUCUGCUGGGCAAUUUCUACUGGAUUCAACAGAAAACAGAAAUCAUCCAGGGAGGUACGCCGAGGGCUGAAAGGGAGAUGUAGGACUGCAGGGCAGGUUGGGACCGGCUAGGCAUCUCCCUAAAAGUUGAGUAAUUUUUUUUUUUUUUUUUUUACUGAAGUCAUCACAGUGGGAAGGUGUAGGAUCACACUACUUGUAUCUGUAGGAAACCAGGCCUCAUUACGCACACAACUGCUCAUUGCACAACUUACUGCGCUGAAGUUUUCAUUAUCAGCUCCUAAAACAGAGCUCAAGGUUUCAGAGCCCUACUCAGAAGAGUUUGAAUUGAAUGCUGCCU